AAUUUGUUUUUUGAAUGAAAAACAUUGAAUUCAUUUGCCGCUCUUGAGUUCUUAAAGCGAAACCAAUCUUCUCUCUCUACAUUAUUUGCUUAACGGAUUUUCGCAGACAACGACGUGAUGGUGGACGUAUCUGAGAGGGCGUUGCCGCAGUGACUACGUCCACACCAUCGCUUUUGUCGUCUGCAAAAAGCCUGACAACGUGUUUGGUAAUGGCCCCAGAACAAGCUAUAGGAGUGAAUGACAUCGAUGGAAUGCUUGCGUAUUUGGAGCACAUUGAAUGGACUGAGUCGUGGCUGAUAACAUUGCUGUUAUUUCAUGCCACCUGUGCUGUAUUCACUGUCCUCACCAGAAAAUAUUUCAACGUGCAACUAGUUUACUUUUUCUUACUUCUUAUUCUUAUCUACUUCUCAGAAACCAUCAACGAGCAUGCAGCCUUGAAUUACAAAAAGUUUUCCAAACAUCAGUAUUUUGAUUCCAAUGGUCUGUUCAUUGCUGUUGUCUUCAGUCUUCCUCUUCUCUGCAACUGCUUACUGAUUGUGAUGAUUUGGGUGUACCAGACGGCCCAUCUUCUGGUCAAAGUGAAGCGAGCCGAGGUGAGGCAGCGAGCCCAAGAGGAAGAGAGGAAAGAGAAAUAAGAGCAGUCAAGCAAAGGUCAAUCGUGGAAGUAUUUUAUUCGGGAAAGAUUUAGUCGGCAUUGUUCGGGUCAAGCUAAACCCUGCGAUCCCUUUACAUGGCAUGAACUUCCAAGUGCAGGCAUGCGCGCCACUUUGGUUGAGAGAACCUGGUGAGCGAAUGAGUGCAUGUCAGAUUGGCUGUCAUAGAAUUAUGGAAGACAUUUGGCACGCACAUCGGGUUGUUGAGAGUGUUAUCCGACAGCGAAGAAAAUGUGGGUGACUGGGUUUCUCCACUGGAACUGUGUAGGACCACUCUGGUCUUAUCAUGAAAUUGAAGGCGAAGAGACUUCAUGUACAGGUUUGCACAUUUUGAAUCAAUUAGGAUCUCUUGUGAUAACAUAGUUAUAGCGACCAGACAAAUUACUUUGUUAUAACCGGGACUUUGCCAUAAAAGGAGUCUGAAAACAGAGUAGACGUAACAAGAACUGAAGAGAUUUCGCUGUUCAAGUUGCAGAAUUUGGGGGGGGGAACUUCCUAUUACAUCUUCAGAUGUCCUUUUUCUUGUACAGUUACAUGUAUCAUACGUCAGCUUGAUGUAUGGCAAAAUAAAAUGUUAACCUUUAAAGGCAUAUACAGUUAAGAUCUGAUUUCAUUGUGUUUGUUUUUGGCAUUCCAUCAAUAUCCUACUUAUUGACUUAAGCCAUUCAAAGAAUUUUGUUAUUUAUAUCUAUAUUUUCAGCUCUCUUCAGAUAUUUAAAUGUUUAAAUUUUGCUUAUUUUAAAACUCUGUUUCUUUGUUUCAUCUUUAUUUUGACGUGAAUAUACACAUUCUUGGCAUGAUGCCUGUAUAGGCAAUUUACACAUAUUCACAUGAAGGUAAGGUAUACCAAUAUAGGCAUACAGUGCUUUGUGCUGUCUGGUGGACCCCUCAUAUUAGACUUUUAAAAGCAAGGAGAACCUUUACAAGCAUCUAUUUGCAAGAUUAAACAUUAAAAAAGUACACACACAGAUGUUCAGAUGAUACUAUAAAAUCAGUUUAUUGCGCAAACUCCAGUUAAUGCUUUCAACAGUAAUAAAGUCUUGUUUCCAAGGAAGUAUUCUGCAUUUUCUUUUAUGAUUCAUGUCACAUUUUUGGUUGACCACCAUUUGUAACUGCUCUGAGCAUGAUGACUGUAUUGUAAUACAGGCAAGUGUAGCCAAGUGUCCUGUCAGUCGAAGGCCUCGUCUGUAUCUUGUGUCUAGAGGUAGAUCUCGGUCUUUGCUGGGUGAAAAUAUAUGGGCACAUGUAUACAAUGAAAGUAGCUCCAGUUUUGGAAUAGCGUGUUUGAUUACUUCCCUUGGGCCUACUCAUGCAAGCGUAACUGCAUUUAAUUUGACACUCAAGUGACUUAUUGCUCCGCUUACUUGGCCUGGCUCAAGUAACCGAGUUGCCGUGGUGACUACUUGGGACAGUACCCCACAUUACGGUGCCAAAAAAAAAAAAAUGGCAGUUAGAUCAAAUGAUGUGAAGAAAAGCUGCAGAUGGUUCA